CCAGCCCCCUGGCCUGUUAUCUCCUCUGCCUUGCAAAGAGAGCCAGUGUGAAGGUCGAUGUGGGAGCAGCAGCAGCAGCCAAGAGCCAGCCUCCACCACCACCACCUCGCUUGCCCACGGCUGAAUGAUGUGGAAGGGCCAGAUCCUCGGAGGACCCAGCGCCUUUCUCCUCCUGCUGUUCCUUCUUCCGGGGGACACCUCGGCACCUAGCGCAGUACCGGAGUACUUGGUUCUGGUCCCCUUCAUCAUCCAAGCAGAGACCUCCGAGAAGAUCUGUGUCCAUUUGAGCCCCCGGAACGAGUCAGUGACGGUGCACAUCACCCUGGGAUAUCUAGCAGAGACUCGCACCAGCCAUGUCGUGUCCAAGACGAAUACAUUCCAGUGCAUCCCAUUCCGGGUCCCCAAAUGGAGUAAUUUUCCCGGUACCUCUGAGGCCACCUUGGAGGUGGAGGUGGAGGUGGGGAUGCUGACAUUACACAGCCGGAAACAGGUGCUGGUCAGGAACCCGGAGAGCCUGGUCUUCGUCCAGACAGACAAGCCCAUUUACAAGCCAGGACAGGAAGUUCGGUUCCGCAUCAUCUCUGUGGACGAAGGUUUCCGACCCUUGAACGAGACGUUUCCUUUGGUUUACAUCCAGGACCCCAAGAGGAACCGCUUGCUGCAGUGGACCAACGUGGAGCAGGCAACGGGCCUGGCCCAGCUCUCUUUUCCACUUUCCUCUGAGCCCCCGCAAGGCACCUACAAAGUGGUGGUGCAGAAAGCCUCUGGGAACAAGGCAGAACGUUUAUUUGAGGUGAAGGAAUACGUGCUGCCCAAGUACGAAGUUUUGGUGAAGGCACCCAAGGAGAUAACAUUUGAGGCUGAAGAACUAGAAGUGACCGUCUGUGGCCUGUACACGUAUGGGAAGCCUGUCGCUGGGCAGGUGAAGAUCCGUGUUUGCCGGAAAUAUAAUCCACGCGGAGGCUGGCAUUAUUACAGUCCCAGAGGGGGCUGUUACGGAGAAGCAUCAGAAGGAAUAUGUGAAGAGUUCAGUGGAGAGGCGAAUGGGCUUGGCUGCCUCUCUCAGGUAGUGAAAAUGAAGGUUUUUCAUCUGAAGCGGGAGGGAUAUGCGAUGAACCUCAAGGUGGAAGGCAAGAUUGCAGAGGAAGGCACAGGCGUGGAAUUGACAGGCAUGGCUUCCACCAUGAUCACUACGACUCUCAGCACAAUCACCUUUGAGAAGGUGGACUCUUACUACAAGUCUGGGAUCCCCUUUACUGGGCAGGUGAAGCUUGUGGAUGCUGCCAAAGCGCCAAUUGCCAAUGAAACAAUUCAGAUUAGGGUACAUCUAACUGGAACCAGCACCAACUACAUAACAGAUGACCAGGGGCGAGCCCAGUUUUCCAUAGACACUGAUAACUUCACAGGUCCUGAACUCAGUAUCCUGGCAUCUUAUAAACCGAACUCUGCAUGUGAACAGGGCUGGAUCAGUCCCCAUCACCAGGGUGCAUCUCGUUCAGCGGGGCGUUUUUACUCACCAAGCCAAAGCUACCUCCACAUUGAGCGUGUUCCUGGGACCUUAAGCUGUGGUCAAACUCAGACGCUCCGGGUCCAUUAUAUUCUGAAUCCAGCUGUCGUAAAAGAGCAGGAGAUGGUCUUUUACUAUUUGGUGAUGUCUAAGGGGAACAUUGUGCGAUCAGGGACCCAUGUGCUGCCUGUGGAGCACAGAGAAGCCAAAGGGGUGUUUUCUCUGGACCUCUCAGUUGACAUGGACACUGCUCCAUUGACCCGUUUGCUUAUCUACACGAUUUUGCCCAGUGGAGAAGUAGUGGCCCAUUCGGCAGAUUUCACCGUGGAGAACUGCUUCGCAAACAAGGUGAACCUGUGGUUCUCUGAUGCUGAAGGCCUCCCUACCAGCAAAACUCACCUUCAUCUUGCUGCCUCCAAAGGCUCCCUUUGUGCUGUCCAUGCUGUGGAUAAGAGUGUCUUUCUCUUGAAGCCUGAAGCUGAGAUAUCCCCUAAGAUUGUUUAUGAUCUGCUCCCCGUGAAGAACCUCAAAGGUUACAUCUACAGGCAGCACUACCUGCUUGACCCGGACGUUCGUCACUGCACAGCUAAGAAACAUGUUGUGGGAGGCAUCAGCUACAAACCUGAACCUUUUCAGUGGGGUGAAGGUGACGCCUAUGACAUUCUCAAGGACUUUGGCUUGAAAGUUUUUACCAGCACCAAGAUACAGAAGCCUAACAUUUGCAGAGAAGAGAUACUUCCCACUGCUGCCCGACUGCAUCAUCAGCCCUCUGCCAACAUGAGAGUACUGUCCGGACCUCCAGGCAUUUCUGCACCACAAGUUGGAGGAACAGGAGGACAGCAGGAGACUGUCAGGAGCUUCUUUCCCGAGACGUGGCUCUGGAACACGUGGGUAGUGAACGACGAGUCCCAAGGCGAGGUUGACAUCCCCGUGACCAUUCCGGACACCAUCACCGAGUGGAUGGCGGGAGCUUUCUGCUUGUCCCCGGAUGUGGGCUUUGGCCUGGCCCAGACUGCCUCCCUCAAGGCCUUCCAGCCAUUCUUCCUUGAUCUGACCUUGCCCUACUCUGUGGUGCGGGGCGAAGCGUUCACCCUGAAGGCCACUGUCUUCUCUUACAUGCAGCGCUGCGUCAGGGUCAGUAUAUCGCUGGCUCCCUCUGCUGAGUUCGUGGCUUCCCCUCUGGAGAAGGAGGAGGAAUCAUAUUGCCUGUGUGCUGAUGAAAGGAAAACGGUCUCUUGGACGGUAACUCCCAAAUCUCUAGGGGAAAUAAACUUCACAGCAAGUGCUGAAGCCCUGAACUCUGAACAGCUCUGUGGGAACGAAAUAGUGGAGACGCCCCACGAUGGGCAGAAGGACACUAUGAUCAAAUCCCUUUUGGUGGAGCCAGAAGGUGUUGAGAGGGACGUGGUCUUCAGCAACCUGCUCUGUGCAGCUGAGAAGUCGAAGUCAUCAGGACCUGUUUCUUUAAAGCUGCCAGGCAACGUGGUGGAGGGCUCGGCCAGGGCUUCCUUCUGUGUGCUGGGGGACAUCCUUGGAACAGCCAUAGAGAACCUCCACCAGCUUCUUCGGAUGCCCUACGGCUGUGGGGAGCAGAACAUGGCCCUCUUUGUCCCCAACAUCUACAUCCUGGAGUACCUGAAUAAGACUGGGCAGCUGACUGAGGAUGUGAAGUCCAAGGCCCUGGGAUACUUAGUGGCUGGCUACCAGAGGCAACUGAACUACAAGCACUCUGAUGGCUCCUACAGCACCUUUGGACAACAUAACCGGAGCCCAGGGAACACCUGGCUGACGGCAUUUACGCUCAAGUCCUUUUCCCGAGCCAGACCCUACAUCUUUGUGGAAGAAAAACACAUCCAGGAUGCUCAGGCCUCUCUGGCUGUCAGGCAGAAAGAGAAUGGCUGCUUCAGUAGCAUUGGGACCCUGUGGAACAACGCUCUGAAGGGUGGGGUGGAUGACGAGAUCACUCUCUCUGCCUACAUCACUGCUGCUUUGCUGGAGAGCCUGUUGCCUCUCGAUCAUCCCACCGUGCGUAAUGCUCUGUUCUGCCUGGAGACAGCGGCUCAGGCAAAAGAGAUCCACGUUUACACUCUGGCCUUGCUGGCUUAUUCCUUUGCCCUGGCAGGGAAGGAGGAGCAGAGGCAGAAAAUGCUGCAGUUACUCCACGAGGAAGCCGUGCAAGAAGAGGAUGGCUCCCUUCACUGGCAGCGGCCUGGAAAGAAAGAGGUGGACACACACUUUUCAUUCCAUCGUCCUCCCCGGGCUCCGUCUGCGGAGGUGGAGAUGACAGCCUACGUCCUCCUGAGUUACCUGACCAAACAGCCAGCGCCAUCUCAGGAAGAACUGGGGACAGCCACCCGCAUUGUCAAGUGGCUCAGCCAGCAACAGAACCCCACUGGGGGCUUCUCCUCCACUCAGGACACUGUGGUUGCCCUCCAAGCCCUCUCCCUCUACGGCGCCUUUACCUACUCCAAGAGCAGCACGGGCACAGAAGUGACCCUGAGCUCCACAGGGGGCAUCCUGAGACAGUUCCAGGUGGACAGCACUAACCGCCUGCUUCUCCAGUGCCAGGCUCUGCCCGGAGUGCCAGGGGACUACGACAGCACGGCCACGGGGGAAGGCUGCGUCCACGUCCAGACCACUUUGAAAUACAAUGUGCAGCCACACCAGGAAGAGGCACCGUUCAUGCUGGAGGUGCGCACAGUUCCGGAGACCUGCACUGGACCCAAAGCCCACAAAACAUUUGAUGUUGCCAUCAAUGUCAGUUACACCGGCAACCGACAGGCCUCCAACAUGGCCAUCGUCGAUGUUAAGAUGCUCUCGGGAUUCGUCCCGGUGAAACCAUCUGUAAAGCAGCUGGAAAGGCACAAUCUGGUCCAGCGCACAGAAGUGAGCGCCAGUCAUGUCCUGCUGUAUUUGGAGAAGGUGACCAACGUGACCCAGAGCUACACCUUCGCCGUGGAGCAGGACGUGCCAGUCCAGAACUUAAAGCCGGCUGUGGCAAGAGUCUAUGAUUACUAUGAAACAGAUGAUGGUGCUGAUGCAGAGUACAGCGCCCCCUGCAGUACAGCCGAAACUAAACAGGGGAAUGCAUGAUGGAGAAUGCAGCCCGUCGCUCCCCGGGUGGACUCUGCUGGCAUCUUCUUUCCACCGGAUGAGGAGGGGGGACAGAGAAGCUGGGCAGCAACACAAGGUCUGAACCACAGCCUGCUCUGGCAAAACCUGGAAUAAACAAGAGGAAGAAGAGGGGGUCGCUACACACUUCAAAACCAGCACCCACCUUUUUUGUUGUUUUUUGUUUUCAUUUUGAGAUCCUUCUCUAUGGCUUCGAUUUCCCUCUACAGGAUAAAAUAAAAGAGAACUAUGUUUUUUAUUCCA